AUGGCCUUCGACACCUUAACAAAAUUUACGUCGCAAGAAUCAUGGUUACAGUAUUCGCAACUGGCAUCUUCCGUGUAUCUGGACUUCGGUCCUCACGACCGACCGACUUGGUCUUUAAGGUUUCCCUUUAUGGAAAGUGUCGCGUUUAGGGAUGAGACUUUUGACUACAAUAUCCAGAAAAAUCAACUGAAAUUGGUUGUAUAA